AUGAGCGCCCGAAAGGUGCUGGUGCUCAGCAUCGCCAUAUUCCUUUUAUGGAUGAAAUUACCGGACCAAAGCGCAAAUGCAACGGUACAGACUGAAAUUAUGGAGAAGUGGGGAGACAACUUUGGCGAAGAACUGUGGGAUUUAGCUCAAACGAUGACGAAAGCCAGUGAAAUUACUGCUAGAUAUAAAGCUUUCAACGCUCGGGUUGAACAUAAGGAUGGCACCAGUUUGAUUCAAUCUAUUGUGGAAAACGUUGGUCGCAUGUUAAUCCGCAAAAUGGAUGCCAUCAAGUGUAUUAUAAACUUAGCCGAGGAAUUGUCCGAACAGUUUGAUUUCAAUAUAUCACUUUCGGAAAAUUUUACGUACUACUCUAGCAAAUACUCGAUUAUUGAUGGACGACCGGAGCCCGAAAUACCAUCCACGCUGGAGGAAAACACCUGGAUGUACCGAAAUAUGUCCCUCAACUCGGAUACUCACUUCUUCAACAUCUCGGUCAAUACGUCGUACAGCUCGGUGCAUGUGCCGCAGAACGUGUACGAUCGCUAUCCGUGGGUUUUGGAAGCCCUGCAGUGGUCCGAAGCGCUGGACGAUGUUUUCGUGCAGAACUACAAUUCGGACCCGGCACUGUCGUGGCAGUAUUUCGGGUCCUACACGGGUAUCUUGCGCCACUAUCCGGCACUGGAGUGGGACCGCGAGCAGGUGGACACAUUCGACUGCAGGAAGCGCUCGUGGUACAUUGAAACGGCCACCUGCUCCAAGGAUAUUGUGAUUCUGCUGGACAAUUCCGGCUCGAUGACCGGGUACCGGAACUAUAUAGCUCAAUUAACCGUUAAAAGUGUAUUAGAUACGUUUUCCAAUAACGAUUUUAUUAACAUUUAUAAGUAUUCUAACGAUGUGGAACCGCUAAUUCCUUGCUUUUCUGAUAUACUCGUGCAAGCAACUCCGGAAAACAUUCGGUUUUUGAACGAGUACGUUCGUGAUUUGCACCCGGAAGGGUACGCCAAUGUGGGCAAGGCCUUUGUGAAAGCCUUCGAGCUGUUGCAACAUUAUCGUGAGUUACGACGGUGUAAUGAAUCGGUAAGUGGGUGCAACCAGGCCAUUAUGCUCAUCACGGAUGGUGUUCCCAAUAACAUAACUGACAUUUUCGAACGAUACAACUGGUUUGAGAAUGGUACCAAGAUUCCGGUACGCGUAUUUACCUACUUGCUGGGUCGUGAGGUAACAAAGGUUCGCGAGAUCCAGUGGAUGGCUUGCUUGAAUCGGGGACACUAUUCCCACAUUCAGUCAUUGGAUGAAGUGCAGGAAGAAGUACUGAAGUACGUUACUGUGAUAGCAACACCCCUGGUGUUGCAGGGCGUUGAACACCCACCCACGUGGACACAUGCGUUCACGGAUACGGCGGAGAAUCUGGAGUCAGAAGCGGAUGAUGAUGAACCUCCGCGGUUGAUGAUUGCUGUAGGUGCUCCUGCGUUUGACCGUAAAGCAAACCAGCGGAACAAUACACCCACGGCACAGUUACUCGGAGUUGCGGGAACCGACAUUCCCGUUGAGGAUCUUGAUGAACUUUCCUUACCCUACAAGCUGGGAGUUAAUGGUUACUCGUUCAUUGUCAGUAACAACGGGUACGUUCUGAUGCACCCCGACCUUCGACCAGUUUCAAAGGGACGGCUUAAGGAAAAUUACAACAGCAUAGAUUUAAUUGAGAUCGAGCAGGUAUUGAACGACAUCCUGGAAGCGUCGGAUGAAACUUUGACUGGCCGUGAGCCCAAUCCCACAAUGGAAGCCAUUCGAGAGCAGCUGGUUUUCUCGAAGUUCGGCAAGAUGCUGAAUGUUCCGGUUCGUUUCCAUUACGAUAAGAUGCGGCGUGUUUCGUUGGAAUAUCAAGACUACUACUAUGCUCCCCUAGAAAAUACUCCAUUUUCGCUGGGUCUGGUCCUGCCCCACGACUACGGAAAUACUUGGAUAAAGGUGGGAGAUGAAAUCAAACGAAAUCAGCACAUGGGAAUCAACAUUUCGGACUUUCUUGUUGGUGAUAAUUGGAAAGUUCACCCGGAAUGGGUUUAUUGCAAGUAUCAUUACCUGGAGGGGCACGAGUUCAAAACGCCGGAAGAUGAGCUGAGACACUUUUUGGUUCGACUGUACGAACCAAACUGGAAGUGGUCGCAGCAGUAUGAACCCGAGCCGGAAGACAUUCAGAAAGAUGGUGCUGACGAGCCGAAUUGUGGCCGAAAGACUCUGGACGAUGAUGCUUACUAUUGUAACAAAGAGCUAGUUCAGCUGUUGGUAUUCGAUGCCAAAGUGACCAAUGAAAGCUAUCGGAACUGGGAGUUUGAGAAUAAGAACGAAAGAAAGAUCAUUGAGAUGUACAACGCCACGUUGCGCUUCGUGGCAACGAUGAGUGGUUUAACUAGGUGGCAGUUUAUCUUUGGCGAGGUGGAGGUGGAAACGGAUCAUGAAUUUGGAGAUUACCACAAGAAAACGAUUGACGAAACUUGGUAUAGGAGUGCCAUUUUGCAGCACAAGAUUGACCCGAAGAGCUUCGUUUACUCAGUGCCGCAUGCGAUGGAUGAUCCAGAAGGUUCGGAACUGAAGGUGACCGCUUCGAUGGGUAUUUUUCCUAGGGAUGGUGGUUUGGAAGCUCCGGGUUGUGUAACGGGUUUUCAGUUUUCGCACGAACUAAUGUACGAGCGGUUUAUGGAGAUCACCUCGAAGACCACGUGUGAAGGAUGUAUUGAAACGUGCAGCUCCGAGACAAGAGAUUGCUAUGUGAUAGAUAACAAUGGUUAUGUUAUUCUUUCGGAAUCUUCCAACGACACCGGAAGGUUCUUCGGAGAAAUUGAAGGUGCCAUCAUGCAAUCGAUGGUCGAUAAAGAGAUUUUCGUUAUGAUUUCCGUAUUCGAUCUGCAAGGGCUUUGUGACCACGAAAUUGUUGCCCCAAAUGAUGCCUUUUCGCUGAUGCAUCCUCUGAAACUGAUCACGCUCGGAAUCAAGUGGCUUAUAGCUGAAUUUUUUGUCCUGCUAACCAAGUUUGACUUUUGGGUUCAUGGAAUUCCAAGUGCGGAUUAUUAUGAUGCAGGAGUGGAAUACGAGGAUACUGAUUAUACCGAUAUAAAUCGUCCAAAGAAACCCAAAAAGUUGAUAAUUGAUGAGGAUGAAGCAUACUGGAAUCAACCGAAAAUAAUAAGAAUGGAAACUGUGUACGAAGCUUGUGAUAAAAAGUCGAAUCUAUAUGUCAUGCAGCAGGAUAAGUUCAUCAAGGGUGAUGGAUUCUUCUAUGAGUCGCAGCCUCCAAAUCCAACAGAAUUGUUGCAUCGACCAUACUUUGCGAAACGAAUACCACGAUCCAAUCUACUGAUGAUCAUCGUGGAAAGUGAGUAUCCCUCGGACCACAUAGUCCUUUCGGCUUCUCCACAGGUGAUCCACCACAAUGACACCGAGGGAUUGCCUUGCGUGAAAACAAGGCUGAAUUUCUUGCCCCGCCGACGCCUGGAGGAAUGCUAUACGGAGCAUCCUGAUGAAGAACGGGUGGCUCAGUGCGGUGGAGCUGCCAGACCACUACUCCAGUUGACUGUUGUGAUAUCGUCUUUUGCUGUAUCACUUUUGUUACUUCGAUGUGCCCAAAGUUUAGCGUAA